AUGAAGCUGUCGGACCUCACAGCCUUUGACAGGUUGCCCUUGAAAGUGCUUUUAGCAGCACAGCCACUUGAAAUUCCUGCUAAGAGUGACAACAGCAACGUCUCCCGUAACUUUUUCCUGCCCUUCGUCCCCAGCAUCCCUCAGGAGAUGGAUCUGCAGGUCAGCCCAGGGUACCUGUCUGACGAAGGCGCCGGGACAGCCUGCACACGGAGGUCUCCAGCGGGCGCAGAUGUCACCGGUGAGAAGCGUGUACCCUUCCCAGGGCAACGGCUCAGUGUUGGGCCACUCUUGUUUAAUGUCUUGAUUAACGAUCUCAAUGAGGGGGUCGAGAGCACCCUCAAUAAGUUUGAUGAUGACACCAAGUUGGCGGGGCCGGAGCCCGCGGUCCUCCCGGGGGGGGCAGGCGCCGAACGGGUCCCCGCGUCCCCACGCCGAGGGAACCCUCUGGUUGCAGGUGCCUUCUGCAUUCCCCUGUACGUGCCCUAUGUGCUGACGGGGAGAUGGAUCUUCGGGAGAAGCCUCUGCAAACUCUGGCUGGUAGUUGAUUACCUGCUCUGCACCUCUUCGGUCUUCAACAUCGUGCUGAUUAGCUAUGACAGAUUCCUCUCGGUGACAAGAGCGGUCGCCUACAGAGCCCAGCAAGGCAACACCAAGCGAGCGGUGCUGAAGAUGGUGAUGGUAUGGGUAUUGGCGUUCCUGCUCUACGGACCUGCCAUCAUCAGCUGGGAGUAUAUAUCAGGCCGGAGUAUCAUCCCCACUGGGGAAUGCUAUGCUGAAUUUUUCUACAACUGGUAUUUUCUCAUGACAGCCUCUACGCUGGAGUUUUUCACCCCUUUCAUCAGUGUAAUGUUUUUCAACCUGAGCAUUUACCUGAACAUACAGAAGCGUACCAAAAUACGCCUGGAUAUUUUCCACGAAGUGCACAACCAGUCCUUCACUGAAGAGAUGGAAAUGAGCCCAGAAGCAAAGCUUUCUUUGAAAUGCUGUAAGUGGGAGCAGAAGGAGCCAGCGGAAACCCUCGACCUCUCUAAGAGCAAAGCUCAAGCGGCAGCCUCCACUGCCAGCCUGGGUGCCAAAGACCUGCUGUCAACAAGCUCCGAGAGCUCCGGGAAACCCAAGUGUUGCAACAAAAAGAGCUGUAAAAAUUCAGCAUCCACUCUGUCCUUAGAGAAACGGAUGAAGAUAGUGUCCCAGAGCAUGACUCAACGCUUCAGGCUCUCUAGAGACAAGAAAGUGGCUAAAUCACUGGCAAUCAUCGUGGGCAUUUUUGGGAUUUGCUGGGCACCAUACACUCUCCUGAUGAUCAUCCGCGCUGGCUGCCACGGCCACUGCAUCUCUGACUACUGGUACGAGACUUCCUUUUGGCUGCUGUGGAUCAACUCGGCCAUCAACCCUGUCCUCUACCCUCUCUGCCACUACAGCUUCAGGAGAGCUUUUAUUAAACUCCUCUGUCCCAAGAAGCUAAAGAUUCAACCUCACGAUCCCCUUCAGAACUGCUGGAAGUGA